CCAAAUACUUUAGAGACAUUCGGACUGUCUAGAGAACUUAAUUUAUGCUUAGUAUAGAUAGCUACUGAGAAAAUUGAUAAAGUCAUAAGUUUAAUUGUUUAUUAUUUAUAUUUUAUUGACACCCUACUCUUCGGCCUUAUAUGCCUAUGAAAUCUUUGUGCUUGCAAAUUAAUAUCUCAAAAAUAAUCGAUUUCGAAGAUCGCUGGCCGCAGUAGGUACUGAAAAUAAGUACUGUGAAUAUCAUUACUAAAAGGACAUAUUAUAUAAAGACUUAAAAACGCCUCAUCAAAACCAAAGACUAAUCAUGAGAAAUAAAAAAGACCUUCACUUAGCGGGGUGUCUCGUUGAUUUAAAUAGUAAGACAGAAAUACCAGAUAAAAUAAAGGAUUUGGAUGUAAUAUCGUUAAAUAAAAAAGCUGAAUUGAUGUUUGAAAAAGCCAUGAUUGCAAAUAAUGAAAAUGAUGAAGAAGUUGUGUAUAUUUAUUUAAUGAAAUAUUGUCAAAUUCUACAAGUUAUGAAAAAAACUUUUACAAAUGAUAAAAAUUAUAUUGAUCUUAUGUACAAAGAUAAUUUAAAAAAAGCUAUUAAAAUGCUGACUUAUAUUAAAGAAAGUUUGGAAAGAAGGUAUAACGAAAAAACAAAAGAAGAAGAUAAUAAUAAAUUAAUUAAACGUUCUAGUCAAAACAGAAAACGUUUUGAGGAAAAAUUAAAUUUUGAGUUUGAAAGUACAAUAACUAAUAAAAACUUAUUAUAUCUGUUGGACAAUACAGAUAAAAAAAAGAUUUGUUUGCUUGAUACAAGACCAUCAGAUAUCUUUAAUAAUAAUAAAAUUAUUUCUUGUGAUGUAAUUAACAUACCAAAAGAACACUUAGUUCUAGGUUUAACGCCUGCCAUUUUAACAACCAAAUUAGAAGAUCAAUUUAAAGAAAUAUGGAAGAAUAGACACAAUUAUAAUUAUAUUGUUAUAUUAGAUCAAGGGACAGAAGAUAUAGAUGAUGAUCAAAGAUUGCUUAAUCUCAAAAAUGCCUUACUUAAAUGGGAUUCAGCUUGUGACAAUAGCAAAAAAUUAAAGUUUCUCAGAGGAGGUUAUGAAGAUUUUAAUCAUUUAUGUCCAUGGAAAACUACCCAAAAUAAUAUAUUAAAAUCAAAUAAAGAUGUUGAACCUCUUUCGGAUAUAGAAUUAGAUCCAGAACCUGAAUAUGAAGAACAUGAAAAUAAGCAGAUUCAAUAUCCAUCUUUAGGUACUGUACAGAAUGAUUUGGCCAGGUUAAAAAUUAAUUCAACUUUUCAUAAUGGUAUAACAACAAAUAUUAAAUCAAAAUUGGAUCAUAGAGACAAUUAUUCCAGUGAAGAAGAUAUCGAUCCUCAGGAAUUAACCCAUACCCCAAUUAACAAACCACAAUUACCCAUUUUUGAUAGAUCUACAAAGCCGCAUGUUAAAAUUAAUCAAUUUAUGAACCCUGAAAUCAUUAAACCAUUAUAUAAAAAUAAUGACGAAUUAGAUGACGAAAAUAAUGAAAUACCAAAUAAUAUUGAACAACUAGAAAAUAGAAGAUUAUCACUAGAAAAUAGCUUUUUGGAAAAUAUUGAUUCUUAUGUACGCGAUUACAAAAAUCAAGACACAGAUUUAAAUUCAAUUCCACGUGUAGACCGUUCUACCAAACCAUCAGAUGAUCUACUAAUAGUUUCUAGAACAAAAAUCAUUGGAGGAGAUGGAUUACGAGGAUUACAAAAUUUAGGAAACACGUGUUAUAUGAAUUCAAUACUGCAAUGUUUAAGUAGCACUGAAGAUCUUGUAAAAUAUUUCAUAAACAUUUAUAGUAAUUUCACAAAUUAUAAAAGUAGAACAAAAGGUUUAGUAGCCAAAGAAUUUAGUAAUGUCAUUAAAAACUUGUGGUCACAAUCUGGCAGGGGGUUUCAGAGUCAACAAUUUAAGGAUACAAUUGGUGAAUAUAAAGAUAUGUUCAAACACUAUGAUCAACAAGACUCUCAUGAGUUUUUAACUAUUCUCUUGGAUUGGCUUCACGAUGAUUUAAAUCAACCGGAGGACAAUAGGGUUAUUUUAGGUGCUUCAAAAGAAACAGGCGAAGAAGAUUGGGGAAAUUGGACUAAAGCAAACAAUUCUAUUAUCCAACAACUUUUUUAUGGUCAACAAAAAUCAACGGUUUCUUGUGACACAUGUUUUGAAAAGUCUGUUACUUUUGAACCAUUUUUAAGUCUUAGUCUACCAUUGCCAUCUGAGGGUAACAAAUGUACUCUUUCAGAUUGCCUUCAGUUAUACUUGAAUGGUGAAUCAAUAUGUGGUUGGCAUUGUCCAAAAUGUAAACGAAGCAGAGAUGCUACGAAAAAAUUAGACAUAAUGAGACUUCCUCCAUAUUUAAUCAUACAUUUGAAAAGAUUUUCAAGCAAUGGUUACAAAAAGAAUUCAAAUGUUGAAUUCCCCAAAAUGAAUCUUGAUAUGUCAAAUUUUAUUAAUGGUUUAGAACACCGUAAUUGGAAGUACUGUUUAUAUGGUGUAUCCAAUCAUUCUGGAUCACUUGAUGGUGGGCAUUACACAGCUAGUUGCCUUAAAAAUUCAAUAAACAAAUGGUAUAAGUUUGAUGACGUCCGGGUGUAUGAAAUUGAUUCUUCAACAAUUUGUUCUCCAGAAGCUUAUAUUUUAUUUUAUCGUCGGAAAAAUUAAUUUUUUUAAUUCAUAAAACUAACAUGUAUGUAUAGUAUUAUUUGCGUUUUGUACACAAAGAAGUAUUUUAUUACAAUGUAUAAUUAUUUUUGUUAUUAGAUGUUGAUUUGUUGAUGUAUCACACUACCUACACUAAAUUAUUUAUUUAUAAAUAUCUUAUAUUUUUUUACAAUUUGUAUUGAACAAUUUUAGUCAAAUAUUAAUACGCUUUUUUUGACAAUCCGUUAAAAAUAAUUGAGUUCUAAAUAAUAAAUUAGUUAAAUAACAGUUAAAAACUGUUAAAAAAUAUAUAAUAUACAUUCUCCUUGCUCGAUCCAAAAAUCCUAACAUAACCAAUUUCAUAAUUUUUAUACUCUGAAAAUAUAAUAAUUACUUGGUAUUAAUUUUUCUAUAUAUGUUUAGAACUAUGUUUACAAGUUAUACAAAUUAUUUACAUUAUCGUUCAAUGGUUCACCACUAAUAACUGUUAUAAUUUGUAGUACAUAGGUAUCUACUAAAAUUCAAACUGGGAGCAUAAAAUUAACUUUGUUAUGAAAAUGUAAUGUCUCUAAUCCCUAUUAAUAUAUAGUAAUGUAAACAACAAUAAAAAGCCAAAAAUCGCACGACCUUGAAAUAAAAAUAAGUUAUUGUUAUUAAUAGUAGUAGUAGUGUGGUAGUAGUAAUAAUGAUAAUAAUAAUAACAAUAAUAGUUGUUAAAGCCAAUUAUAAUAUCCUCUCAGCUGCGUAUUUAGGGUUUGAUUAAGGGAGGUAUUGAUCACCAUCCUUUGAAAUUCUUUCCUACUAUAUUAUGCUGUAUGUAGCAGUGGUCUUCCAACUUUUUUGUUCGUUGAGCCUUUAUAUUGUUAAGAAAAUUCUAUGAAGCCCCAAAAAUAUGGAAUGCUCAUAAAGUAUACAUCUCAUGAAAGAUUUUUUUAGGUACCCAUUGAUUUGUUUCUUUAUAAUAUAAUUGUAAACGAUAAGUUGAUAAAAGCAAUAUAAUCUUUCGACUACCAAACAAAGUAUGCAAGUUAUCUAGUUAUUAAUAAAGGCUGGGCAUUAACAAAUUAAUAAGUUAGAAGUUAAGUUAAUUUUAACUUAUUAACUUA